GGGACAAUGGGCUUGUCCUGCUUUGCACAUGAUUUACUAGCUCCAUAGCAACCAGCCAUAAUGAAGCGGACAUUAACAGCAGCCAGAUGGACGAAGUACGUUUAAUACAGAGUUGGUCCAGGUACAAUAAUAAGAUUCAAGUCCUCCAACAGUCUCUUGGACUUCCAUUUUGGGAAACAUCAAAGUCAACAUUUCACAAGUCCGGCUUUCCAAAACCAAAUGACACCUCCACAAAAAUAUUGCACUCUGGCCAUCGGCACAAGACAGGAAGUGAGCUCCGGAGAGAGGUUCUCAAACAUUGUGGACCAUCUGCUUUUCAUACAAUGACAGAAAGCUACUCUAAAGACCCAGUACCUAGCUCUCCUCCAAUGCAAAAGGUACUUGACAAGGUUCUGAUCAGAAGAAGCAUUGAACAGGCACAUAGACAGAACGAUAGGGAUGAAGCUAUCAGGAAACUGGAAGCUGCCAAGGAACAUUUGAGGAAAGAGCUUAAGAAUUUGAAAGCACAGAAUGAGUUCUUUGGAAAUGGGGUGAAGUCAUCAGCGGCCACACCACUUGUCAUGGAGUUGGAGUUUUCUCCUAAUCUCAGAAAAGAGAAGCAGAGUCCAGCUGGAACUGACCUCCUAAAAGGUUUAUCUACGGAUGACUCUCUCCUGGAUGAAGUCGUAGAGAGAAUAAUGAGUGCAAACUUAUCACUUCAACCCCAAAAGAUGAAUUCUGGGAAAAAACGACAACUGCAGAGAAGAAAGUUAGAAGCUUCGAUGGAUCAUGCUGUUAUUCUUGUAGCAGAGGAAAUUAUCCUUGAGGUUACAUUUCACAUAACAAAGCAAUUGGCUGCAGAUGUUUUCAAAAGAACUAUGCUGAGCUCUGAGUUUGAAUCUCACUUUGAUUCUGAAAAGGUUCAAGGAUAUUUAAAGAGUACCAAUCCUUUACAAUUCUAAACAUGUACACAAGUCGUUUUUUUGAUGAACUGUUUUAAAGAAAGCAACAAGAAAUGACGCAUGAAACCACCGUAACGGAAAGUGGAAUAUGUUAGAAUAUCGAAUAGGGGACCAUAUUUAGACAAAAGCACAUCUUACUGUUCCAUCAGCACCAAUUCCCCAGUGCUCUCUGCUUCUUCCUGCUUCCAAUAACAUGCUAAAAGUGUAGAAACUGCCUGCUCAGACAGUCAUUGGCAAAAACAGCCUGCCUCAGCCAGUUCCUUCAGGGUUGGCAUGUCAUCUGAAGCAGUAAAAAGUCGAGAGCACUACAUACUGGGACCUGUCAGACCAGUAACGAUGGGGGAUCAGGCUAGGUGAGUAUGCUUUAUUUUUGUUAGUACCCAGGACCCUUUGUAAAAAAAAAAAAAAUGUCAUCACCAGAAACCCCCUUUAAUGUCUCACACUGUACUCCCUACCUGACAAUUCACAUGACAUUCUAUAUUCCCGCACACUGUACUAUAUUACAUUCCACUGUCAGCAGGGUUGGUAAUUCUGUAAAUUCUGCUGGCUGGAACUUCCCCUGCACAUGCAUAAUGAUCCACAAAUGUUGGGGUCAGCAGCAGGUCUUCUAAGAGCUGAAUUGCAGCAUAGACUGUAUCAGCUUCAUUACAGUAAUUUAUAACAUGUGACUGUAGAACCAGCCAAGACUGUAGGGUUUUCCAGCAUGCUGAAAUGUAUUUGUAAUGUACAAGCUACAGCAUUGGACUGAAAGCAAGUAUCACAUUAAAAUCGAAUGAAUUAUCUCCAUUGCCAGUGAGCUGUCAGUUCAUGUUUUCUUGUU